AUGCGCUUCCAGUCUGUGCUCGCCAGUGCCUCACUGCUGUGCCUGGCGACAGCACAUGCGGGGCACAGGAGACGAUCCGUUCCGUCGAGCCCUGAAGCGUUAAACCCAAAGCUCACCAACACUAUCCCAAACGCUCAAGGAGGACCAACUCUCUACUACAAUGGCAGCGGUCCUGUCCCUCCAUACGACCGAACCUCCCCGAUCCCACCCCCAUUACAUCCAUUGAGCAAGCAAGAAAUCGAGGACAACAUCUUUAACGAGUUAGAAGCCAUCGUAAAUGGUGAUAGUCUCACCACCAAGUGUUCGAAAUGCAUUGCGGGUACCGAGAUCAUGCACUUGGCAGCAAUUACCCAGCCUGUCGAUGUUGUUGUGAACCUCCUAAUCAGAGCUUGCGAGGCAUUUCCCACAGUCAAAGAUAGUAUCUCUGCUGCCACUUGCUAUGAAGAAUACUCUGGAAUUGGUGGGACGGGCCCAUACUUGGCCCAACUCUUCGCUAAGAUGAGUGCUGCUACUGGUGACAUGCAGGGCUGGUGUUACUUCCAGUGGGACACUUGCUCUCAACCCCCGACCAUUGCCAUCGAUGAAUCGCAGUAUUUCAAACCAAAACCAGAAAACAAAACUACCGCUCCCACACCAUCGAGUUCACAGAAGCGAAUCAUCACUGCACGUUCAAUCAAAACAAUCAAUGUCCUCCAUCUGUCAGAUUGGCAUAUUGACCCAAGAUAUGAUAUUGGUAGCGAGGGAAACUGCACACAAUAUCUCUGCUGCCGGCCUUACUCUACCAACACAGACCUAUCUACAACCUCAGCCAACGCGUCCAUUCCGGCAUCUCGAUUCGGGUCCCUUUACUGCGACACACCAGCUGAUUUGGCCCUGUCAGCAUUCUCGACAAUGGAUCAAUUUGUGAAGAGAUCCAGCAUCAACUUCACCAUAUUCACAGGAGAUAUUGUCAGUCACGAUCAUACUGACCAGUUAAGUCGAGACUAUGUCGAGUACGAGGAGAAAAUAACAUUCGAAACCUUCAAAGCCCAGAUGGGUAACAGCCCGAUCUACCCCACGCUUGGGAAUCAUGACUCCCUACCAGAAGCGUAUACCUCUCCAAACUCAAUCUCCGAUGGUGAUAGUAACGGCCGCUCUAAUCUAUUCUCUUGGAACUAUGAGCUGCUGGCAAAUAUGUGGUCGUCUGAUGGCUGGAUUUCAAGAUCAGACGCCUCUUAUGCAUCAACACACUAUGGAGCCUACGCCACGGUUACCUCAUCCAACCUGAAGAUUAUCUCUAUCAAUACCGAUUUCUGGUAUACCGCUAAUAUCUUUAAUUAUUACAACAUGACAAACCCUGAUACAUCCGGUAUCCUUACCUUCCUGGCCGAUGAACUUCAAAAAUCAGAAGAUAUCAACCAAAGAGUCUGGAUUAUCGGACAUGUCCUCUCCGGCUAUGACGGUUCCAACGCCCUUCCCAACCCGUCCGCAUUAUUCUACAGUAUUGUCCGCCGCUUCUCGCCCUCGACCAUCGCCGGGAUCUUCUUCGGGCACACGCACCAAGACCAGCUGAUGAUCUACUACGACUACCUCCCCAACUCCACCAUAGCGACCAACUCGUCCUCCGUACUCCGUAACACUACGCUCGUAGAUUACAGCAAGCCCCUCUCAGUAGGCUACAUCGGGCCCUCUAUCACGCCCCUCAGCGGCAACAACGCCGGUUGGGUCCUUCUCGAAGUCGACGCCGAGACCUUCUCCGUCGUCAACACGCAAACCUACUUCGCCAACGUCUCCGAUGCCAAUUCUUGGACGACACCCGUAUGGGAGUUCGAAUACGACACGAGACAGGUCUACGAUCCCAACAACACCGUGCCGGCGAACGCUCCUCUCGAUGGGCCCUUCUGGCACGGCGUCACCGAGAACAUGCUUGCGAAUAACACGUUGGUCGAGGUGUAUAACUUUUUGGAGACGAAGAGCUCCGCCGUUACGAAGAAAUGCGAUACGAAGGCUUGUGCGGAGCAGAAAGUUUGCUAUAUCAGGAGUGGUAGCACGACAUUAGGGAAUGCGUGCCCGCAGGACAGUGGACCGGUUUGA